GACAAAAACCUUUGUCACCGGAGCCACACACGUGCUGGUACAGGGGGACGAUGCAGAGUCACGUUGCCGCGCUGAUACUGGGCGUUGUGAUUAUUGGAUGCAUCAACGUUGCAGUAUGCGAGGGCCCCUGGUGUUAUGACUGUGACAAGGCUGUGAAACCUGCUUCUUGUAGGGAGAUUAUCAAGUGCCAAGACGACGAACAAUGCUAUGCGUCAUCGACAGGAAUCAGCCCAACGCAGUACACGGCAGGGUGCAGAAAGAAGCAGCUAUGUCAAGGUACAGGGUCGGUGGCAGGCGGGAGCAGCCCGCACGGGUGUGAGGAAUGUUGUAUCGGCGACCACUGCAACUCCAAGCUGUGUGGCGGACUCCCUGUUCCUAUGGGAGGUAACCGACUGUGUCUGCAGUGCGAGGCAGUUCGCCAUCCCAGCCAGUGCUCCACAGUGUCCAAGUGUGGCCAUGACAAGUACUGCUCCAUUUGGAAGAUGUACAAGUUUCAAAUGACGUUUUAUGACCUCGGUUGUCUUGAGAAGACGAAAUGUGACGGACACAUGAAGGGGGUGGAUGAACUCUCUCAUGGAGGCUUCAUAUGCUGUAAUGAUGAUUUGUGUAACAGCCAUGAAAACAACAACCACCUGACGCCAGCACCAACUCAACCUGCUACAACCACAUCUCAGCCUGCAACGACAAUCAGAGCGAGGAACAUAAAAUGUAAAAAGUGUGCGAUUGUCCAACAGCCAGCCUUUUGCUCGAGCGAGACAGAGUGUGGACCAGACCAGUAUUGCUCAGUAAGAAAGGUCUUCAGGUUUGGACUGGCCUCUUAUGAACUAGGAUGUGAAGAGAAGUCGGAGUGUGUAGGCCACAUGACGACUUUGGGUGAAGCAGGGUUCCGCUGUUGUAAUGAAGAUCGCUGUAACGCUAACGUCAACCCAAAGAAACCUUCUUCUCUGAUCCCAAUGGCCCCUGACAUAAUGAACACGAACCAGACUGUAAACGUCAUCGUGGGAAAAACUGUUCUUCUGUUGUGUAAUGUAACCGGCAAUCCUGAGCCAUCGGUCACAUGGACAUAUAAUAAACAGGGGAACCCAAAUGCCCACCCGAUGGGAUCAACGUUGGCGAUAUCGUCCGCAAACGAGAAAAACGAGGGAAUAUACAGAUGUGUCGCUAACAACACCCUUGGAACCAAGGAGGGCAUUGUCCAUCUGCAUGUUAUAGGACCAGUUUCUGUGAAAGGAGAGCCUCCAAUCGUGGUCAUCAGCCCUGGAAUGAGAGCAGUUAGGUUGAAAUGCGUGGGAGAAGGGAUUCCUUCACCUUCUGUUACCUUGAGUAAAUAUGGCGAAGACAUCAGCGCUGAUAAGUCGUAUCGAUACUUCCGUCUUGUCGAGAUACUGAUCAUUGGGAUCACAGAGGCCAACGUGCUGAAGUAUGAUGGUGUCUAUAUCUGUAAUGCUACAAAUGGGCACACAUCAGCUGUAGCCUAUCAGAUAGUGCCCUUUGUCCACCUGGAAGCACACAGCCUGAUUUAUCUCCCAUCAGCACUGAGUUUGAUCUGGUAA